AUGUUGGCAAUCCUGAUCCUUGCAGCUGUCGCUUCCGCGGCCUCCGCCAUCAACAUCCUCCCUGUUUACGAGGAUCCGGCACAGCUAAGGCUCAAGACCCAACUGUCUCCAUUGGAGCUCCAGAGAUCCUGGUGUGCCGGGGAGUGUUCCCGUCAUGUCGCCAACAGUCCAGUGUUCGUUGUGUCCCAAUCCGAGAAAGGCUAUGACAUCCAAUUCUCUGCUACUGGCCUCAACGGAUUUGCCAAGAACCCCCUGAACGCCGGCUUCAUGAAGAGCUUGAUUGAUGAGCCAAAGGUGGCUAUCGUCACACCCGUCACCAGUUUCCCCAUCGACUUCUUCCCCGGUCUGCUGGAUGCUGAGUUCAAAAUCGAUGCCUACCAAGGGAAAUUACGUGACUUAAAGGUUCCUUCCAUGAUGUUCAUCUUCAAUGAAGCUCAAUUUAAGAAGUUCAACGAGAAGAAGGGCUACUCUCAGGUCGCCGACUUCAGCAUCAACCAGGAUAACUUCUCUCUGAUCAAGGAAUAUCCCAGUGUUUAACUUGAGUUUACCUCUUCCUGUUCACUUCCUAAGUAAGUUCAUUGCCAAAACCUUAGUUGACUUCCUCCACUAAAUUCCCACAUUCCUCUGAGAUUUUUAUCCUUAACAUUUGCUUCCCGGACUCCUACCUUGUCACUGAUGGUUACUCCAUCAUUGUAACCUCAAAUAUUCAAAUGAUUGUAUCUUAUCAUGCUCUGAUAAGAAUAGACCUAUUACCACACAGUUUGUACACUAUUUGAAAUAAAAUUGAAG